AUGACCGACCAGCGUCUGACAGACGAGCUCUGCGAUGCUUGUGCCGAUGAAAAUCUACCAAAAGUUUUGUCUUUGCUGCAAAGCGGAGCAGAAGUCAAUGGAUUAAAUACAUUUAAGAAAACUCCUCUCCAGGUGGUGAAGCUGAGCAGCACCGCCCUGGUGGAAACUCUUCUUGAUGGGGGGGCGAGGCCCGACGUGCGCGACCCGGACAGCGGCCGCACCGUGACCCAUGACGCCGCGCACGAAGGGUCUCUGGAUACCGUGCGCGCGUUGAUGCGUGCUGAGGCGAACGUGAACCUCGUGGACGAGCAGGGCAACCUGCCGCUGCACCUGGCCUCCAGGGGGGGGCAUCUGCAGGUGGUGCAGCUGCUGAUCCCACGCACCGCGUACCCCCGCGCCCCCAACGGCCUGGGGUACACCGCCGCGCAGCUCGCGCACUUCCACCGCAGGGGGGGCACCGCCACAUACAUCGACAAGUACCUGAGCGCAAAUUAUAGUGCAAUGCCCCUAUAG